GGACUGCCCGGGCCGGGGUGGGGAGGAGGUGACCGGUCCCGGUCGCUGGGCCGGGCUGGGCCGGGCUGGGCCGAGCUGGGCCGAGCUGGGCCGAGCUGGGCCGAGCUGAGCGCCGGCACAGCCCGCGGGGGAACCGAAGCCCGAGCCCAAGCUGCGGCUGUCGCCGCCGCCGCCGCCGCCGCCAUGCGCUGGGUCUGCGCGCUGCUGAAGAAUGCGUCCCUGGCAGGGGCGCCCAAGUACAUCGAACACUUCAGCAAGUUCUCCCCGUCCCCGCUGUCCAUAAAGCAGUUUCUGGACUUUGGGUCCAGCAAUGCCUGUGAGAAAACCUCAUUCACCUUCCUCAGGCAGGAGCUGCCCGUGCGCCUGGCCAACAUCAUGAAAGAGAUCAACCUGCUUCCCGACCGAGUGCUGAGCACACCCUCAGUGCAGCUGGUCCAGAGCUGGUAUGUCCAAAGUCUCCUGGACAUCAUGGAGUUCCUGGACAAGGACCCCGAGGACCAUCGUAACCUGAGCCAGUUCACUGAUGCCCUGGUCACCAUCCGGAACCGCCACAACGACGUGGUCCCCACCAUGGCGCAGGGCGUGCUGGAGUACAAGGACACCUACGGCGACGACCCGGUCUCCAACCAGAACAUCCAGUACUUUCUGGACCGUUUCUACCUCAGCCGCAUCUCCAUCCGCAUGCUCAUCAACCAGCACACCCUGAUUUUUGAUGGCAGCACCAACCCAGCCCACCCCAAACACAUCGGCAGCAUCGACCCCAAUUGCAACGUCUCCGAGGUGGUGAAGGACGCCUACGAUACGGCCAAGCUCCUGUGUGACAAGCACUACAUGGCCUCGCCUGACUUGGAGAUCCAGGAGAUCAACACAGCAUCCAACUCCAAACAGCCCAUUCACAUGGUCUAUGUCCCCUCCCACCUCUACCACAUGCUGUUUGAACUCUUCAAGAAUGCCAUGCGUGCAACUGUGGAAAGCCACGAGUCCAGCCUGGUCCUCCCACCUAUCAAGGUCAUGGUGGCCUUGGGUGAGGAAGAUCUGUCCAUCAAAAUGAGUGACCGAGGUGGGGGGGUCCCCCUGAGGAAGAUCGAGCGACUCUUUAGUUACAUGUACUCCACAGCGCCCACCCCCCAGCCUGGCACCGGAGGGACCCCACUGGCUGGCUUUGGGUACGGGCUCCCCAUCUCCCGCCUCUACGCCAAGUACUUCCAGGGAGACCUGCAGCUCUUCUCCAUGGAGGGCUUUGGGACCGACGCUGUCAUCUAUCUCAAGGCCCUGUCCACGGACUCGGUGGAGCGCCUGCCUGUCUACAACAAGUCAGCCUGGCGCCACUACCAGACCAUCCAGGAGGCCGGCGACUGGUGCGUGCCCAGCACAGAGCCGAAGAACACGUCCACGUACCGUGUCAGCUAAGGGCCACCUGCUCCCCUGCACCUGAGAGGACGGACUGCCGUCUCUGGGACUGGCCACCACGGCGACCCUCCCCAUCCCCCCCAGGUGGGAGGAGGGCUCUCCCUGAUGACCAGCUUCUGUCUCUAUGGAAAUCACUGCGGUGACCAGACUGUGGUCUAAGUGCCAAUCUCUAUCUCUCCGGAGACCCCUCGGUGGUCUCCCUGGUGUUCGGUCUCUGUGGACGAUGCCUAAGGAUGGGGGGACAUCUCCAUCCUGACAGUGGGGGGAGGUCCCAGAGCUGUUUCCAUGGCAGUCUUCCUUCUGAGACUAGAGCUGCCACUUUUCUGCCAGGGGUCCAGGGUCCCCCCCUCACUGCCCUCCACAGUCCUGGCCUUCCAAGUGGACACCCUGCUUGCCUUACCCCCGCCCCAGCCCGUGCAGGCACCCCGGCCCUGGUCCAGUGUCAGUGUUAGCAAAGGGCCGGGUGUCCUUGGGGAGAGAAAGGGGUUGCACCCUCAAGCCCCUGGUUGGGGAUCUGGUCCUGCAGCCUCUCCCUCCACCCUAAGCUUGAAGGUCAAGGUUAGGAGAGGGCAGUUCUCACCCAGGACUCGCCCUUAAAGUGGAGGAAGCUGGGAGGACCCAGAGAUCAGCUGCCCCGCCAAGCGGCUCGGAGCCCUCAGGCGCCUCCCAAGCCCUUCCCCAGCACGUGCUCACACGCACGCGUCCACCUCCCGUCCCACACCCACAGCGCCAGACCCCCAAUCCCACCGUGCCUGGACACGCACUUGCUUGGGGUGGCUUCCUCCCUAGAAUGCUCUAUGUACAUAGCUAGUUUUGUAGCCCCAAAAGCCCCCACCCUUCCCCUCAGCACACAGGGGUUAAAGUCGUGUGCUCCUCCCAGUGGCUGUGAUGAUGACCGUGACAUCCACAGUAAAGAGGACAUUGAAUGAGA